GACUGAAGGCGAAUGCGGUAGCCUACGAAAAAACAAGCAGGCGCAGCGGCGGAGAGACAAGACGGGCACAGUUUACCUCCACAUCACAAGAUCAUAUUUUGGAGCGGAAAUUUCACGCCCUGUCGGGUCGUGUUACCGUUAAAGACGGCUGAGGAUAUCCACGGGCAGAAACAAUAGGAUGCAGUUUAGACUUGGCUGGUGACUGGUCUACAGGCUCUCCACUUCUCUUGUCCCUGGAGUCAGCCAGUUGGGGGGCAGAUUCCUGCAUUCCCCUUCUCUCAGUCUGAGUCUUUGUCUGGACAAAACCAACUGCCCACCAUUGGAGUACACAGCUCGUCCUCGCCCGUGUUGCUUGGAUCAGCACAGCUCAUCUCCUGACUGAGGAGAGCGCAGCAGCUGCACAAGAUUCACCUUUUAUUAACUGAUCCCUCCCGGCCCCGCCCACACUACCCCGUCACCAUGGUGCUGUCACAACGGCAACGAGAUGAACUAAAUCGAGCAAUAGCCGAUUAUCUACGUUCCAAUGGAUAUGAAGAAGCAUAUUCCACUUUCAAGAAGGAGGCGGAAUUAGAUAAUAAUGAAGAAUUGGAUAAGAAGUACGCCGGCCUUUUGGAAAAGAAAUGGACCUCAGUCAUCAGAUUACAAAAGAAGGUGAUGGAGCUUGAAUCCAAACUGAAUGAAGCAAAGGAGGAGAUCACCCUGGGUGGGCCCGUAAGUCAGAAGCGAGACCCCAAAGAGUGGAUUCCACGUCCACCAGAGAGGUACGCGCUGAGUGGCCACCGCAGUCCAGUCACCCGCGUCAUCUUCCACCCAGUCUUCAGUGUCAUGGUGUCGGCUUCUGAGGACGCAACAAUAAAGGUGUGGGACUACGAGACAGGAGACUUUGAACGCACACUGAAGGGCCACACAGAUUCAGUGCAGGACAUCUCCUUUGACCAGACCGGCAAACUGCUUGCAUCUUGCUCUGCAGACAUGACUAUCAAGCUGUGGGAUUUCCAAGGGUUUGAAUGCAUCAGGACCAUGCACGGACAUGACCACAAUGUUUCGUCUGUAGCCAUCAUGCCCAAUGGAGAUCACAUCGUUUCCGCCUCGAGGGACAAAACCAUAAAAAUGUGGGAGGUGGCAACUGGCUACUGUGUGAAGACCUUCACAGGCCACAGGGAGUGGGUCCGUAUGGUGCGACCCAACCAAGACGGCACACUGAUUGCCAGCUGCUCCAAUGACCAAACUGUGCGUGUGUGGGUCGUGGCCUCCAAAGAGUGCAAGGCUGAGCUGCGGGAACACGAACACGUCGUGGAGUGCAUCUCUUGGGCACCAGAGAGCGCCUACCCCACCAUCCAAGAGGCCACAGGCUCUGAGACCAAGAAGAGUGGUAAGCCAGGCCCAUUCCUGCUGUCUGGCUCCAGAGACAAAACCAUCAAGAUGUGGGAUGUUAGCAUUGGCAUGUGCCUUAUGACACUGGUCGGCCACGACAACUGGGUGCGUGGUAUCCUCUUCCACCCCGGAGGCAAGUUUAUUGUGACCUGUGCAGAUGAUAAGACCUUAAGGAUCUGGGACUACAAGAACAAGCGCUGCAUGAAAACCCUGUGUGCCCACGAACACUUCGUUACCUCUCUGGAUUUCCACAAGGCUGCCCCCUACGUGGUCACAGGGAGUGUAGAUCAAACAGUAAAAGUGUGGGAGUGCCGCUGAUUUGGACCUUGGAGGAUUGGACCACCACCCCCAAUUACCCAGGCGCUCCUCUGGAUCCCACCUCUCCUCCUGCCAUCCCACCUCCCCUUUCAUCCCCACUCCUCCUCUCCCCUCACCUAACCCAAACCUCACCCGCACAUCAUCUCCUCCGGCUGCACUUACCACCAUGGUUAUUUACCCAUCGCGCUCUCUGGUCCAAUAACUAUUGUCCUUCUAUGUAAAUUAUUCCUGGAUGUAGAUCGAGCUAUUAAAUGUUACACAAAAAAGUAUUCUUGCAUGGUAAUCCAAAAUUGUAUACUGUAAAUUUACAUAACGUCUAGAAGUACCAUAGGUUUACCACGGGGCUGGCCGUCUGUCACGCAGCCUUACCGACCAACCGAAGGCAGAUGUUUUUGACUGGGUGUAAAAUGUAGGGCACUAAAAACCGAUAAUUUAAGAAAUGACAGUGUCUUUAUGUGUAAGAUUUAUUUUUGUCUAUUUUUUUAUUUAGGAUUUUUUUUUCUGUUAUUUCUCUCCUUCACUGUCGUAGUCUGUUGGUGCCUAGCUUGGUGAAACUUUCGAGAGAUAAGGCCGGAAAAGCAUAUAUGAUGCGAUGAGAUACGAUUGUCUGUGGGGCUUUGUUAUUGAAAUAAUCUGUAGCUUUAUAACAUCACUUCUCAAAUGUGCAUACCAUUUCUCUUCAUGUGGAACUAGGUAAUAUUUUAAUGGCUGUAUAUACGAAUGUUUCAAACUGUUGUCUUGGACCUUUGGGGGCUUAAAAACCGCUUUGUACUCUUGUCAUGGUGGCACAUGAACCACUGCUAGACUUAAGAUAAAUUAUCCCGUUUAAUGAAUCUGCUGCGAAGAAUAAAAAUGUAUUAAAGUGGCUUCAUGAAUAACUGAGUUUUUCACAAGAAGCCAAAGGUAGAGAGCGAGUUUGUUUGGCUGUCAGUGAGCGCCCUGGGCCACAGUAUCACCUGAGCAGAGUUCAGGGAUUACACCUGAUUAAUCUCUAGCACUUGAUAAACCGCGGGUGUGUGUCCAGAAAGAAGAUGACUCUCUGUGACCUUGUUAUUGAACUGAAGCCUCAGUCCACAGUCAGUCUUGGCGGGGUUUGGUGUACUUAAGGAACUGUGGAAAAGUCAUAAGAUGCUCAGUUGCCCCACGGCGCCUCUGAAGACUACAGCCUUGUGUAAAGUAAACCUGCUAAAGAGGAAACAUAAAAGCAUGACGAGGAGUCAAAGUGAGCCCCCAGGGUUUGAUAUCUGGGAUGUGCAAAGAUCUCUAAUUUCUGAGGGGUGACAUAUAUGUUCUGCAUAAUAAAAAUGGUUUUGAGUAAAAAUAAAAAAUCAGUUUUCUGUGAAAAUAUGAAAUGUAAAUUUAGCUUAUUAAGACAUUUGGCAAUUUUUGUAUUAGCGCACUAAAGGAUGAACUGGAUGGGAAUUUAGUGAGGACAUGCUAGCAGCAGACAUGCUAAAGGAUGUGUGGACGCUGUUUUGUCUGUAGAGGGGUCUUACGCUGAGGUUUUAUUGUGGCAGCUCCUGGAUCAGAUAUGGAGGAGGAUGCUAAAAGCCUGAGCAGCGAGGAUCUCUACAGACAGCAGACCACCUCACACGUAUGCAAACGUCUUCUGAGUGGCUUCCCUCAAACGUUCAGCUUUUGUGUGGAGCUGUAACCGAAAGACUGGAAAGAUAGUUGUAAACCAGUCCACGCUGUAGAAAACAACCAUUCCACUCCUCUUUGAGGAAAAAAUAAAAAUGAAACAUCUUGCUAACUGUAGCUGACAAGGUGCUUCAUUAAUCUUGCACAUCCCUGUUUUCACUAAAUCUUUGGUCCUUUAACGACGAUCAAAGACGACAUUAAAAUUUAAGGAUGUUGAUAAAUGCAUAAACCUAUAAUUUCUGAUUAGCCGUUUUCAUUCCAAUGCAGUUCUUGGCUAAUAAAGAAUUCCACUGCUUAACUGA